GCGCAGAACCCCUCCUCCCCAUCUCAUCCUGAUAUCCCCUACCAGCCAACCAUCACGAGAGAGCAGAACGGGAAGGGAGAAGAGAAGGCCGCCAUAGGUAUAGCCAGAGAGAGCAGCAACAGAGGCCUCACCUGAAGCUCCAUCCGCCAUGGCAUUCACGCCCGCCACGGCCUGCUGCAAUCCCUCGCUGCUGGUGGCGCCCCGGGCGCCGUCGCGCGGCUCGUCGGCCCGUGCGCAGGCGCUCCUCUGCGCGGCCUCCACCUCCGCGUUCCACGGCCUCCGGGCGCCCGCGGCCGCCGCGCCGGCCCCGCGGUGGCGCCGCGCGGGCGCGUCCACGGGCAUCGUCUGCGGCAAGGUGACCAAGGGCAGCGUGCCGCCCAACUUCACCCUCAAGGACCAGAACGGGAGGCCCGUGUCGCUGAACAAGUUCAAGGGCAAGCCGGUGGUGGUCUACUUCUACCCCGCCGACGAGACGCCCGGAUGCACCAAACAGGCGUGCGCGUUCCGCGACUCGUACGAGAAGUUCAAGAAGGCCGGCGCGGAGGUGCUGGGCAUCAGCGGCGACGACACGGUGUCGCACAAGGCGUUCGCGCAGAAGUACCGGCUGCCGUUCACGCUGCUGAGCGACGAGGGGAACCGGGUGCGCAAGGAGUGGGGCGUGCCCGGGGACCUGUUCGGGACGCUCCCGGGGCGGCAGACCUACGUGCUGGACAAGAACGGCGUCGUCCAGUACAUCUACAACAACCAGUUCCAGCCCGAGAAGCACAUCGGCGAGACCCUCAAGAUCCUGCAGGGCCUCUGAGCUCUCUGAUAGGCCUGCACUGCAUCCCUCGCUGUAAACGUACCCGGAACCGUAUACGAUGAAGAGGUGAUUGUUCGUUCAGUGCUUCGUUCUGUCAGGCUCUGGCUCGUUUGAUCGACCGGCCUUUUCGUGCUUGUCCCUUGCAGUCUCAGAUGUUGGUUGCAGUUCAUCAGUGAAUUCAGAUAUUCUGUGUAUGCAUGCAUAACACAUGCAGCCUUCCCUUGCAAAAAA